AUGGCGGGCACCACGGGCCACCGGAUAUCGUUGUACAUAGAGGCCCCCGUUCUCAAUCUGCAAAAAUGGGCGGAUGGCCCGCCCAUCGGCCGUGCAGAGCUGAGGGACAGCAGGAAGCUGUUGCAGAGACAGGACAGGGACAGGGAUGUGGGUCCCAGGAGAUUGGAGGAUGCAGAGGUUCAAGGGGCCAUUUUUGAUGUGGACGGCACGCUGUUAGACACUAUGCCCAUCUUCUACCCUUCAUGGCCAAGGACCGGGCAACAACCCAGGUUUGGCCUGAAGAUCAGCGAGCUGGACUUUUACCGCUUGGCAGGUGUGCCAUUGCCUGACAUGGUGCAGCGGCUGCACCAAAGUCAAAAAGGCAGCGAAGCCACUUCUGACUUUGUGAGGGAUUUCCUGGAAGAAAAGAUCCGGUUGCAUAAGGAAGAGGAGGCCGAAAAGGGGCAUCCUCCUCCCAUUGCAUGCGUAGUGGCCAUGGCCAUGGAGUACAAAGCGCGAGGUAUCCCGGUGGCGAUCGCGACCUCUGGCAUCAAAUCCAUUGUGUUGGAUCACCUCGAAGCCGCCGGCCUUCGAGAUUUGGUGCCAGAUGAGCGGAUGGUCUUUGCCACGGAUGUGCCCAAGGGGAAGCCCGAUCCGGCCAUUUAUUUGGAAGCAGCCCGUCGUUUGGGGGUGGAUCCACGUUUCUGCCGAGCCUAUGAGGACGGUGAGAGUGGCCUCCAGUCUGCUUUCUCCGCGGGGAUGGAAACGGUGGACGUGACGUUUCUUCCGGACUACCCGGCCCCAGAGGCGUUGAGAAAGGUGCGUUGCUGGUUGUUCAAGAGUGAAGACGCGACAAAAGCAGAGGAGAAACUCUCAGUCUUUGAGCUCUUCAAGGAGCUGCCAUCGGCUGCGAAAGAUGAAUUGAUCUCAGUGGUAGAGCAGGUUUCCUUUGGUCCCGGCACAGUCCUCUUUCGGGAGGGUGAUCCACCAGAUGAUAUCUACCUCCUGGUUGAGGGUGAGGUGAAGUGCUUUAACAAAUUGAGCGAACAGGAGGCCGGAUCCGUCGGCUCCGUCUCCGUGGGGUCUCCCCGGCGCACGUCCAUGGCGCGGCCGUCCACGCUCAUGUUGGAGGCUGACCUUGGCCUUUGCGUAAACGUCAUCCCAGCCGGUCGAGCCGUAGGUGUGGUGGAGUUGAUGCAGAACCAGCCACGCUCCACCACCGCGGCAUGCUCGCAAGAGUGUGAGGUGAUCAUCAUCAGGAAACACGACUUUUUGAGCUUGGUGAAAGAGAGCAUGUCUCGCGACUGGGUAGAAAGACAAGUUUCUCCAAGCACACCUCGCGGGCAUCCGCGAGCACGCACGGAGCUUUGUGCCCAUCACCGGGAAGUCACAUGCCACCUAUAUGUUCGUCAAACGAAGAUAUCCCAGUGGUCACGUCUUCCUACGUGA